AUGUGCUGCAUAUCAACAGUUCCUGAACAUCUCACAGUCCAUUUUUGUGGUCAUGUGUUUGCUGAGAAAUUAGCAGAGUACUCUGUGACUAUGAAUGUGAUUGUUGAGGGCCAUGGGGGGCUUGAAGCGAGGACACUGAUGGAAAUGGACCCCAACAUGGGCAAGGGAAAAGUGAUUUCAAAUUUCACAUUGCUUCAGUCAUCCACAAAAGGGUUCAAGGACAAGAGCAUCGCCAAUAAUAACAUGCCCUCCUGGCUCCUCACCAACAUUUCUGCUAUGGACUUGUGUAAACCCGAGUUGGAGGAGAGGAUGAAAGUGUUGACGAUGAGUACAACCGAAGAAGAAGAAAUUGGUGACACUUUUGCCGAAAGAGCGGAAUCCUACUACCAAAAGAGACCUCAGCUACUAUCCCUUCUGCAGGACUUGUACAAUGGCUACAUAACCUUAUCUGACCGGUACAUCCAAACACUGGCCAAACAAAAGCAUCAUAGUAGACACUCUUCCCAGGUCUCAACUACGGAUGAGGGCUUCUCUGAUCAGGAAGAAGCCAGUGGUGUGAGCCAUGUUGAUUCAGACAUUGAAAGCUCAAUCUCCUACCAACACCCUCCUCACAUGAUGAUACCUAUUGUUACCCCUAAGAGCUCCAUUCUUGAUGUUGAUACCGUUGUUGCCGAGCUUGUGAUUAGGAAUGUUGAGCACGACUUGUUGAUGCACGAGGUCGGUGUCAUGGAGAGGAGGUACUGUGAGUCCUCGAGGAAAAGUGAGCUACAAAAGAGCCUUCUUGAGGUGUUGGAGUCUGAAAGGAUUGUUCUGUUGAAUGAGAAUGCUAGCUUGAGUUAUCGAAUCAACACUUUGGUGGAAGAGAACAAAGAGCUGGCAUCUGAGUCAGUGUUCAUCAAGAGGAAGGCUGGUGAGCUGGCAAAGUGUGUGCUGAAGAUGAGGGAGGAUCAUAGAGUGUACAUGCUACACAGGAAAAUUGAAGAUCUUCAAGUACAGAUACAUGGCUUGGAGAAGAGGAACAAGGAGUACUAUGAGAAACUUCUGAGAAGAGAUGCUCAAGAUGGUAACAAAGGGAAGAGUGGGGAGGGGAUAGCUUUGGAGGUUUGUGUUCAGAUGGGUAAGUUUAGGAGGUUCAAGUGGAAAGAUGGUAACUCUUCUGGGAAGAGUUUUGAUGGGAAGAAGUCCCCAAGUUUGUGGAAAAAGCUGAAGAACAUGGAUUUGUUGUGUGGCACUAAUCCAACCUGUACUUGA